AUGAAAUUCAAAAUUGGGAAUGGUAGAAGUGCCUCACUUUGGUUUGAUAAUUGGCAUCCUCUUGGCCCUUUAGAAAAGAUUCUUGGAGAGAGGUUCAUUCGUGAAUCCAGAUUGAGUAGACCUGCUAAGGUGGCUGAUAUUGUUGAGGGUGAUACUUGGAGAUGGCCAUCAGUUCGCUCCCCAGCUUUGUCUGAUUUGAUGCGAGCUAUGCUUGAUACUUUUCGGCCGGACAGUAAUAGAGAGGAUGUAUUGCGAUGGGAGGAUGAUGUACAUGGAGUCUUCUCUGUUCGGAGUGCUUGGGAGUCUCUUCGACUGCGCUACCCUAGGGAUUUGGAUCAUCUUUUCUUUGCAUGCCCAUUUUCUGAGCGUGUUUGGAAUGCUCUGCAUGUGAAAUGUAACUUGCCAUGGGUUCAAUGGAGUUGGCUUGAUUCUCUCUCUUGGAUGGAACAAUUUCGUGGGAGGUCAUUGUCCUCUAUCGUUAUCCGGUUAAUGUUUGCGGCUUCGAUUUAUGCUAUUUGGCGUGAACGUAAUGCUAGGAUCCAUGGGAGGCUCCUAAAAAUGAGUCUAUUGUUAUUCAAGAUAUUGUUUUUACUAUUUGUGCACGAGUGAACUUGUACAGU